AUGGCAAAAACAAAGAAUGCAAAGAGAGGCUUACUGGUUCGAUCUACUUCAAUAACUGGAAAGACAGGUUUGGCCAAGCAGAAGAAUUUAAAGCCCGAACACACUAGGCAAAUAAUCCGACGGUUUCAUAUCUUACAAAAGAAUAAACACACAAUUUUAACAAGACUCGGAAUCAGUGCAGCUUCAGUUGAAGACCAGAAUUACGACAGUAUAAGGAAAGAGGGCCUAUACCAGACAGAAUUCAAAAACUUCAAAGUACCAGCCAAGUAUAGUGACAACGAGGUGUACCGAAUUGAUAGCGGACUAACCAAGUCAGACUUGACCAGAGUUCUAGCGAGAAUUGAUUCCGAAAUUGAACAGAGAGGUGGCAUAGAUGUCUAUCAGUCUGCAUCCACCCAAGGUCAAAAUGGUAAAAGAGGAGGAGACUCGUCAAAGAAGCUAGUUGAAUGGUUGAGACUUGACGGGUACCAAGCAAAAUUGCAAAAUGUGAAUGCUUUGGAAAUUGGGUGUCUAAGUCCUAAUAACGUGAUAUCAAUUGCUGGAAUCUUCUCGCUGGUUUGCCGGAUUGACUUGAAUUCACAAGACCCUGCCAUUGAACAACAAGACUUUAUGCAGCGACCUAUUCCAACAAGCGAAGCAGAAAAAUUCAAUUUAAUUUCAUGCUCCCUAGUGAUAAACUUUGUUCCAUCGCAUAAAGAAAGAGGAGAUAUGUUGGUUAGGAUGACCAAGUUUUUAAAGAAGCCCAAGAAUGGAAGUUUGAGUAGCUUAUUUCUUGUGUUGCCAUUACCGUGUAUUUCAAAUUCACGGUAUUUUGACAAUGAUAGAUUACUUGAAAUCAUGUCGGCUUUAGGAUUUGUGCAAACGUACUCUUAUGAGGCAAAGAAAGUGGCAUAUUGGCUAUUUGACUGGAAUGGAAAGACAAGCAAGAAUGCAAAAUUCCCGAAAAAAGAGUUACACUCCGGCUCACAGAGAAACAACUUCUGCAUAACCUUAUAG